AUGUCAUCAUCUAGAAAGAAAACAUUAUUGAAAGUCAUCAUAUUAGGAGAUUCUGGUGUUGGUAAAACAUCACUUAUGCAACAAUUUGUUAAUAGCAAAUUUUCCCAUCAAUAUAAAGCGACUAUCGGAGCUGAUUUUUUAACUAAAGAGAUCACCAUUGACAAUAACAAACUGGUCACAUUACAAAUCUGGGAUACCGCUGGUCAGGAGAGAUUUCAAAGUUUAGGUGUUGCAUUUUACAGAGGGGCUGAUUGUUGUGUGUUAUGUUUUGAUGUAACGAACGAAAAGUCAUUGAACAACUUGACCAGUUGGAAAGAUGAAUUUUUGGUUCAAUCAAAUGUAUCUAAUCCUCAAGAUUUCCCAUUUAUUAUAAUAGGUAAUAAAAUUGAUGUUGAUGAUUCUAAAAAAAUACCCUCAUUAUCUAAAAAGUUGAACAACAUCACAAACAACCAAAUGGGUGGUUUAAACUAUCCUGUUUUUGAAACCAGUGCCAAAGACGGAGUAAAUGUUGAAGCUGCCUUUGAAGUGAUUGCCAAAAUGGCAUUGCAACAAGAAGAAUUAAAUGCCUCUAAUGGCAAUGAUGUAAAUGACGAUUAUAAUGAUGCCAUAAAUAUCCAUUUGGACUCAGAAGCAAGUGCAUGUGGUUGUUGA